AUGGAGUUUGACUAUCAAGCACUGCUUCACAACUCCACUUUUUGCCUUGUACCUCGUGGAAGGAGGUUGGGAUCCUUCCGCUUUCUGGAAGCCCUUCAGGCUGCUUGCAUCCCUGUAUUACUGAGCAAUGGUUGGGAGCUGCCAUUCUCUGAGAUCAUUGACUGGAGUAAAGCAGCCAUUCUUGGAGAUGAGAGGCUUCUACUUCAGAUUCCUUCAGUAACAAGAUCUAUAGACCAUGACAAAAUAUUGGCACUCAGGCAGCAGACCCAGUUCCUGUGGGACGCUUAUUUUUCUUCAGUAGAAAAAAUAGUAUUAACUACAUUAGAGAUCAUCCAAGAUAGGAUAUCUUCACACAUACAGAGAAAUAAGUUAAUGUGGAACGUACUGCCGGGUGGCCUGUAUACACUACCACAAUAUUCAACACAUUUAGCAGAUUUUCCAUUUUAUUACUUAAGGCUGGGCCGAAGUCCAGCAAAGAAAUUCACAGCUGUUAUUCAGGUGCUCUCCCCUCUAAUCUCCCAGUCCCAGCCUGUCGUCAAAUUGAUACUAGCUGUUGCCAAAUCAAAAUAUUGCAAGCAGAUAGUAGUGCUAUGGAAUUGUGAAAAAUCUUUACCUCCAAAAAGCAAGUGGCCCUCCACCCCAGUGCCUAUUACAGUUAUCACAGGAGAGAACAAGGCAAUGAGCAGCCGUUUUCUCUUAUAUGAUGUCAUUCAGACAGAUGCUGUUCUAAGUCUGGACGAGGAUACUGUGCUGUCAAGUAAUGAGAUUGAUUUUGCAUUCAUUGUAUGGCAUAGCUUUCCAGAGCGAUUAGUUGGUUACCCUGCCCGCAGCCAUUACUGGGACAACAGCAAAGGCCGUUGGGGCUAUACCUCCAAAUGGACAAAUGAAUACUCUAUGGUACUGACAGGAGCAGCUUUUUAUCACAGAUAUUACAAUUAUCUAUAUUCGCACUACUUGCCAGCAGACCUACACAAUGUGGUGGACCAGAUGGCCAACUGUGAGGACAUUCUUAUGAACUUCUUGGUUUCAGCUGUUACCAGGCUUCCUCCAAUUAAAGUCACCCAAAAGAAGCAGUAUAAGGAGACCAUGAUGCAACAGGGUACCAAGACAUCUCGCUGGGCCGAUCCAGAUCAUUUUGCACAGCGCCAGACUUGCAUAAAUUCCUUUGCCAACUGGUUUGGCUUUAUGCCUCUCAUCCAUUCCCAAAUGAGGCUGGACCCUGUGCUAUUUAAGGAUCAGGUAUCAAUCCUCCGCAAAAAAUAUCGGGACAUUGAACGAUUAUAAUGUCCUGUGCAGCAAAAGACAUUAUCUUAAGCGUUUAGAGAAGGACAGAUGCUUAUAUCGCAACUUCAGUAGAGUGCCUAGCAUGCAGCGGAUGUUGAGUAACUGCGUGGUCAUCUCAAGAAAUGUAUUUAUGAGGCAAACUAACAGCUGUAACUUCAGAAUCAAAAUCUAAUCAUAUUCUUGACUUGCAUUAUGAUACGUUCUCCAGACUUACAGCACUUCACAAAGGACAAGAUUAUUAAGAGCUACUGCUCAAAUAAAAGGAGUGCCCAUUUGUACUAGCAAUACCAUGGGCAGCAAAGUUCCUGAACGUUAUGGUGUACAUUGCCCAGUGAAAUUGGAAGGCUUACCCAUUUCUGCAUUAAUGACAAGAUAUUCAUAAACACUGGUUUGUUUUGUUUGCAGUUGCUAUUGCCCUUGAUGUUUCUGUUAAAUUUAGAGGAACAGUUUUGAAGAGAGAGUAGCUGAACCAGUCAGAAGAGAUAACUGUUUUGAAUCAGCUCAGAUUUGUUAAAAUCUUUCCUGCUUUCUGUAGAUUUUAUCCCCACCCUGUUAAAUAAAUGCAAAUGCCUUCCUUGUUUCAUUUAAAAUACAAUGUUAUAUUUCUAUCACUGUUGUUUAAAUAUAACAACAGAGUCUGAAAACAAAAACAAAUAAAUGUAGGAACAAGUGAAAGAGAGAGUUCUGCAUCUAAUGCACAAAUACCAAGGUUUCUGUAUUAUUUCUGACAUAGAAAGUUGUUUCACAGAAAAGAAGAAUAUUAUUUUUAUGUUAUUUUAUCCUCUGUGCCUGGCAAACAUUAAGCCCCCUCCCAUCAUUCUGGAGGUCUUCCAUUCCACUGUACUGGGCGCCCUCACAUGGAGCAUGGAAGCUGAUUGGAGGAGCCAUUAUAAAGACAGCCAUGGAUGUCAUCUACCCUUGUCUGCAUUUUCUAAUACAGAUUACUUCUAAUGGCCCUAACCCCACCAGGAGUAGACACAUUGGCAAUGGCAUCACAACAAGGGUCUACUGCACCCUUCCAAUGCAUAUGUGUGCUUCCACAUGCCUGCCAAUGCAAGUUACCAUCACUAGGUUAGUGCAAAGCCAGUGUACUGUGGUCUUAUGCCACUGCAUUGCCCACAAGCUUCCACUUGCUGGUGGUGACAGACUGGGCACUCCCCUCCCAACAGGAUGACCAUACCAGCAUCACUAUCUGACCCACCAUUUAACACUGAGUCACUGGGGUCACAUUCAGAGGUUUAUCCCUCUUCACAUGGAGCCAGGCCAGAAGGUUGAAUGUUAUAAAACAACUAGAAGCUGUUGGUUAAACACUGACAUACAAGUAAAACACAGUGCAGGUCAUUCAAUUCCAGGUCUGAUUAAACAGCCAGACACACGUAUUAUUCUUGAUCACCACAGUAACAAUAUUACUCAGAUGUAAGCCUGUCGAAGGCUAUAUUCAUUUCCAUUGUUAGAGUCUUUAUUCAGCAUAUUCCCUGUUGUCUUUUGAGAUAUGCCAAUGUUUGAGUAUCAGCAUAUUCACUGAUUAUGCACCGGUUGUUCACUGGAUGAUGUACCAUGUUAUAAAAUAAAAAGCAACUUUGAAACUUGA